GUUUUCUCGUAUUGACUUUUGAGAGCCAGCUCAUGAUCUCAGGAUGUACAAAAAAAUUAUAUUACUGACUGUAUUACUGUUCUCAGGCUAUAGUUCCUCUCAAGAGACUACUGAAAGUCACCCAGUAGGAAGCCCCACUCAUGAAUCACCAAGUUUGGAUACCACAGCGAGCCAACGUUUCAGCACUCCUGGUAGAGUGGGCCAACGUUUCAACAUUCCUGGAGCAGUAUAUAAUCCACGCAUAUUUUCUACAGGAGAGAUAGUAGGGAUUGUUUAUGCAGUCAUGGCUGGCGUCGUUGGAACCAUCCUCUUGACCGCCUUCUGUAUUAAGAAACUGAUAAAGAAAAGUUCAUCUCCUGUGAAACACGUACACUCAGAGGAUGCAGAUCCUGAAAGUUCUGUAGAACCAAGAAAUCCAGAACAGUAAUUCAUGCAAAUCUGCUCAAGAGAGAUUUUGAAAGAAGUCAAAGACACAAGACUUCAGUCAAGUGAAACAUGAACAUGUGAAUUACACACUCCAAUAUAUUGCAUUCCUUUCUAAGCUGUACGUACAAUUUUGGGAUACAAAUUUCAUUGUAAUAAGUCCAGUGACUCAAUAAUGAAAAACGUCUUUAUUCAUUAGGCCUCUGUUUCAAAAUGUAGAAAAAAUAUUUCUUUUCAUGCUUGCUUUUGUUUGUUAGCAAUAUUUUUAUAACUAAUUGAUUGGGAGUUCUGAUUCCCAAACUUUAGCUGGCUUCAUCCACAGUUCUUUGCAAGUGACUUAUUCUAUUUUAUUAUAUUUUAAUGAUUGUGCUGUCAAAUGAAAAGCUUGUAACAUCCAGAUGAAA